AUGUUUCGAGACGUCGAGACGUCUGUCUGGGAGAUGGUUGGGCGUUUUGUUGAGGCGCGGGAAUCUGUCUGCGAGAUUGUUGGGCGUAUUCUUCAGGCGUCGGAGUCUGUCUGGGAGAUGGUCGGGCGAAUUGCCCAGGCGCCGGAGAUGUUAGAAGAAAAGGUUCCGGGAGCGUGUGAGAGUGAGUGUCCGGCGUGGGAUGCGUGGGCCAAUCCAGUUGCGGAAGCGAACGAUCCGAGUUCACUCGUUUCGGAAUACGCCGCUUGUGGCGUGUGGCGGCCCCACACGGUCCUGCCUUUUUCCCGUAUGAGUUUCGUCGCGUACCUGCGCGGAUGGGCAGCGGAGGUUGCAGGGUGGGAUGAGGUCGUGGGGGGUGGUGGCUGGAGGGCCGGUCUGUCUGGGAGAUGGUCGGGCGAAUUGCCCAGGCGCGGGAGCUGUCAGGAGGUUGUAACAGUCUGGGAGAGUGAGUGUCCGGCGUGGGAUGCGUGGGCCAAUCCAGUUGCGGAAGCGAACGAUCCGAGUUCACUCGUUUCGGAAUACGCCGCUUGUGGCGUGUGGCGGCCCCAAACGGUCCUGCCUUUUUCCCGUAUGAGUCUCGUCGCGUACCUGCGCGGAUGGAAUCUGGAGUCUGUCUGGGAGAUGGUCGGGCGUAUUGCCCAGGCGCCGGAGAUGUUAGAAGAAGAGGUUCCGGGAGCGUGUGAGAGUGAGUGUCCGGCGUGGGAUGCGUGGGCCAAUCCAGUUGCGGAAGCGAACGAUCCGAGUUCACUCGUUUCGGAAUACGCCGCUUGUGGCGUGUGGCGGCCCCACACGGUCCUGCCUUUUUCCCGUAUGAGUCUCGUCGCGUACCUGCGCGGAUGGGCGUCGGAGUCUGUCUGGGAGAUGGUCGGGCGAAUUGCCCAGGCGCCGGAGAUGUUAGAAGAAAAGGUUGCGGGAGCGUGUGAGAGUGAGUGUCCGGCGUGGGAUGCGUGGGCCAAUCCAGUUGCGGAAGCGAACGAUCCGAGUUCACUCGUUUCGGAAUACGCCGCUUGUGGCGUGUGGCGGCCCCAAACGGUCCUGCCUUUUUCCCGUAUGAGUCUCGUCGCGUACCUGCGCGGAUGGAAUCUGGAGUCUGUCUGGGAGAUGGUCGGGCGUAUUGCCCAGGCGCCGGAGAUGUUAGAAGAAGAGGUUCCGGGAGCGUGUGAGAGUGAGUGUCCGGCGUGGGAUGCGUGGGCCAAUCCAGUUGCGGAAGCGAACGAUCCGAGUUCACUCGUUUCGGAAUACGCCGCUUGUGGCGUGUGGCGGCCCCACACGGUCCUGCCUUUUUCCCGUAUGAGUCUCGUCGCGUACCUGCGCGGAUGGGCGUCGGAGUCUGUCUGGGAGAUGGUCGGGCGAAUUGCCCAGGCGCCGGAGUCUGUCUGCGAAAUUGCUCGGCGUAUUCUUCAGGCGGCGGAGUCUGUCUGGGAGAUGCUCGGGCGUAUUGCCCAGGCGCGGGAGUCUGUCUGCAACAUUGUUGGGCGUAUUCUUCAGGCGGCGGCGGUUGCGGGCUGGGAUGAGGGGGUGGUUUUCCGGCGUGGCUGCGCGUUGACAGGAAGUGAAAGUGACAGCCAGAGGUCCGACGUCGCUGUGGCACGAAUUGUCGACGUGUUGGGUGUGGCGGCGCCUCAUGGGUCGGCUGGGCAAGACGCACGUAGAGAUCAGUGCCGAUGGGGUCACCGCGAUGAGGCGUUGUUAGCUGGCGGCGGAGGCACUCUGCGUGCGGCAUGUCCAUGUUACAUUUGCGGCACAGAUGACCGCUAUAGGUCUGACAUCACUCGGGCACCAUUUGUCGACGUGCUGGGUGUGGCGGCGCCUCAUGCGUCGGCUCGGCAAGACGGUGACCGCCAGAGGUCCGACAUCACUCGGGCACGAUCUGUCGACGUGUCGGGUGUGGCGGCGCCACAUGGUCCGGCCGUUGUAUGGCGGCGGAGGUUCUCCCCGAGGUACGACAUCACUCUGGCACGAAUUGUCGACGUGUUGGGUGUGGCGGCGCCACAUGGCCGGGCGGUUGUAUGCUGUCAGGAGGUUGUAACAGUCUGGGGUACGUUGUAA